AUGGAUACAAAAGGAAGUCUAGCCGAUAAGAUUGACAUAUUCUUUCUAUUGAAGCAACAGAAGCUUAUCACCAAAAAAGAACUGGGUAUGCUUCUCCCUACACAGUCGUAUGAAGAUUAUAGGGUAAAUUAUUAUAGAAGAAGAGUUCCUGAGGUAUUUGACAGAAACUUCAGAAAGGAAUGGUUUAUAUAUAGGUACCUGGACGAUUUCUUUUGUGAAGAGAGGAGAAAGGCGAUUUGGAAUAUCUACAGCUUUAAAAUAGAAGGCCCAUGCAUAAUAGCUAGAAAUAUAUCUGACGAUGUGCCCGGUUCUGUUAUAAACUCUGCAUUUUCCCAGUGUGUGAACCUUGAAAGGUUUUGGAUCCAGCAUCAGACAUCACAGAACGGAUUCUCUAGACUGUGCUAUAUCAUUCUAAAGAAAGAGGCAAGUGUACAGGAAUCCAUAGAUUUUAUGAGGUCUGUCCUGGAUAGAAAGCUGGGUAUAGAGCUUGAGGAAUUUGAUAUCUCAGGAGUGGUGGAGCCUAAAAUAUUAUCUGACUGUAAUGACUAUGAUACAGCAAUGUCAAUAUUCAGCUCCAUGUGUAGAAUGUUUGAUAUAAACGAGGAGGAAGUACUUAAGAAAUACUCGUCGGCAUUAGGAGAUACCUCCACCAGGCAGAAUACUGCCGAAUUUAUUUGUAAUGCACUCAAGAAUGUAUUUCUGUACUGUUAUACAUGUGCACACCAGUAUGACGAUCCUCUUGAAAUGAUGAUGGGGUGUAGAAACCACAAAACAACAGAUGCUGCUGCAAGAAGAAGAGAGUUUUUAUCCAGUCACCAAGAGUUUGGGUAUCUCGACGUGAAGACCAAGGAAGAAGAGCUUAAUAACAUGACAACAAUCGUCAAUGAAAACCAUUACAAGUGCGGAUUUUGCGGGAAGGCAUUUGAAAGUGAGAAGUUUAUAUUUAACCAUUUCAACAAUAAACAUGAGAACGAAAUCAGGCGGAUCGAAAAAGGCAUAGAAAACUUCAAGAAGUUUAUCUGUCGAAUUGACUGUUUCGUUCUAGGGAUUAUUGAGGGCACAGAUGAUGAUAGAAUUCCGAAGUUCAUCCUUCCAAAUAUCAAAGACGACAGAGUAGUGUACGAUAUGGGGGCUGUGUUCAGCGGGGAAAUAGCCAUCGGCAAGUAA